AAAUCCAUCACCGUCCGAUUACCAGUCAUUACUUUUUUGCAAGUUUAUAACCGACUGCUUCAUCUUGAAUUCUUGAUCAUCCAACGGCUGCUUUAUUUUUAGAAAAUACAGGCAUACAGCCCAAAUUGUCUGAUAUUUCUCGAAAUAAGAAAACAGGGAGAAGAGGAAGAAGCGAAGAAGAAGAAGAAGAAGAAAAAGAGACCCAGGAGAGAGAGAGAGAGAGAGGGUGGGAGAGACAGAAACAGCCAGAGGGAUAGAGAGAGCGCUUAAUAGAAUGGAGAAUCAAACGAUCUGCAAUAGCAAUUUAAAUGGGAAUCCCUCGGGAGACAAGUCUGUCCGUGUCUACGCCGAUGGCAUCUAUGAUCUCUUCCACUUUGGUCAUGCUCGCUCCCUGGAGCAAGCCAAGAAACUGUUUCCAAAUACGUAUCUACUUGUUGGAUGUUGCAGCGAUGAGGUCACUCACAAGUAUAAAGGCAAAACUGUCAUGACAGAAUCUGAACGCUAUGAAUCUCUUCGGCACUGCAGGUGGGUGGAUGAAGUCAUUCCUGAUGCCCCAUGGGUGAUCACACAGGAGUUCCUUGACAAGCAUAAUAUUGAUUAUGUGGCCCACGACUCUCUUCCUUAUGCUGAUGCAAGUGGAGCUGGAAAGGAUGUCUAUGAAUUUGUCAAAGCCGUUGGGAAGUUCAAGGAAACAAAACGGACAGAAGGGAUAUCUACUUCAGACAUUAUAAUGAGGAUUCUUAAGGAUUAUAAUCAAUAUGUGAUGCGUAACUUGGAUCGUGGAUAUACACGAAAGGAACUUGGAGUUAGCUAUGUGAAGGAGAAGCGGCUAAGAGUGAACAUGGGAUUAAAUAAGCUCCGUGAGAAAGUGAAGGAGCACCAAGAAAAAGUGGAAAAAAAGAUACAAACAGUGGCAAAAACUGCUGGUAUGCAUCACAAUAUGUGGGUGGAGAAUGCAGAUCGGUGGGUUGCUGGUUUUCUUGAGAUGUUUGAGGAAGGUUGCCAUAAAAUGGGAACAGCCAUUAGGGACCGAAUUCAAGAGAAGCUAAAAAGGCAGCAGUCAAAAGGGUCCAAGUUUCUUCAGGAUGGGAAGGAGGGAGAUGAAGAUGAAGACGAAGAUGAUGAUGAAGAAUACUUUGAUGAUGAAGAAGAAGAGUUUUAUGAUGAAGAAUAGGUGAGGUUUUCAGUGAUUGUUGUUAGUAACUUGCUACACACUCUGGUUACUUGUUGGGAGUUGACAGUUUGUAGAUGAUGCUCAUGUGAUAGCAAUAUAGUAGCAGUAUGGACAAUGUAUUACGGUGACCUUGGAAGCUAGUUGAAGUGAAAUAUGAAAAGGCAUCCUGGAGUUGUGUUUGAAAUUUUGAAUGUGUUAGAACUUAGAUAUGCCUCUGAUCCGGAAGAAGGUUUCUUUAUUUCUGUUUUUUUUUUCUGACCUUAUUAAUUUAACAGUCUUGACAUAACAGGUAAUUGGCAGCCCCUCUGCCCUCUAUUGUUUUUAUGGCUUUGAAGGGUGCCAUAUUACUAAGGUAUCAGGAUUUACAUUCAUUUUA